CGACCGCCGGCUGACGUGGCGGGGCCGGGACCUUGCGGGCCUGCACGGCGGGUGCGGAAACGCGGCUAGAAGCGUGCGGGGCGCGGAUAGACAUCAUGCCGCUCGAACUGGAGCUGUGUCCCGGGCGCUGGGUGGGUGGGCAGCACCCAUGCUUCAUCAUCGCGGAAAUAGGCCAGAACCACCAGGGCGACCUGGACAUCGCCAAGCGCAUGAUCCGCACUGCCAAGGAGUGCGGGGCUGACUGCGCUAAGUUUCAGAAGAGCGAGUUGGAGUUCAAGUUUAACCGGAAGGCCCUGGAGAGACCAUAUACUUCGAAGCAUUCGUGGGGGUCGACGUAUGGGGAGCAUAAACGGCAUCUAGAAUUCAGCCACGCCCAGUACAGGGAACUGCAGCGCUAUGCGCAGGACAUUGGCAUCUUCUUCACCGCCUCUGGCAUGGACGAGAUGGCGGUUGAGUUUCUGCAUGAACUGAAUGUCCCAUUUUUCAAAGUUGGAUCUGGUGACACUAACAAUUUUCCUUAUCUGGAGAAGACAGCCAAGAAAGGUCGCCCUAUGGUGAUCUCCAGUGGGAUGCAGUCGAUGGACACCAUGAAGCAAGUCUACCAGAUCGUGAAGCCCCUCAACCCCAACUUCUGCUUCCUCCAGUGCACCAGCGCGUACCCACUGCAGCCAGAGGAUGCCAACCUACGCGUCAUCUCGGAGUACCAGAAGCUCUUUCCCGACAUUCCCAUAGGGUAUUCCGGGCAUGAGACAGGCAUCGCCAUAUCCGUGGCGGCAGUGGCCCUGGGGGCCAAGGUGUUGGAACGCCACAUAACUUUGGACAAAACUUGGAAGGGGAGCGACCACUCAGCCUCGCUGGAGCCUGGAGAACUGGCAGAGCUGGUGCGGUCCGUGCGCCUGGUGGAGCGGGCACUGGGCUCUCCAGUCAAGCAGCUGCUGCCCUGUGAGGUGGCCUGCAAUGAGAAGCUGGGCAAGUCUGUGGUGGCCAAAGUGAAAAUCCCAGAAGGCACCAUCCUGACCCUGGACAUGCUCACCGUGAAGGUGGGGGAGCCCAAAGGCUAUCCUCCUGAAGACAUCUUCAGCCUCGUGGGCAGAAAAGUGCUGGUCACUGUGGAAGAAGAUGACACAAUCAUGGAAGACUCUGUGGAAAAUCACAGCAAGAAAAUCAAGUCUUAAAAUAAAGUGCCUCUCCCUGGCUCCUCAGCUACCA